CUCAUCACAUGUUUCUCCCUUACAUGAUGAUGCACACCACAUGCGCGUUAUGUAUAGCUCAUAAUCUUUGCCACUGUAGCACUUUACUACACAAAUUCCUCCAGGUAUAUCUUACCCAUAGCUAUUCCACGCACACCUGAAGCAGUAACAACUAAUACGGUAACAGAGAGAAGAAGAAUAAGGAGGGGGGAGAUCUCAAGUUUUUCCUCCAGCAGAAGAAAAUCCAUGGAGCUGUUCUCCGCACAACCAGAGUUAUCACUUCAGAUAAGCCCACCAAGCGGCUCUCCGUCAUCAACUUGGAGGCCGAAACCAGCAGACGAGAGCAUUGAGGUAGGAUUGUGGACAAAGCCAUCCCUCGACAGAAACAUCAACAACUCCUGCACCAGCAGCAUCCCCUUCGCCGCAGGGGUGAAGAACGUCGGCGAGCCAUCUGCUUGUGAUCUCUCCCUGGGAGACCCGACAUGCUCCUCGAGACACAGUAGCACCCAGCAUCAGUUCCUCCAACACCCUCACCUCCCUGUCCCAUCACUGAUAGGAGGACUCCACCAGAGUCACCCCCACCACCUCUGCUUGCUGAAGCCCAUAAACGGAAUACCGGUCUACAAUCGCCCACUACUGCAUAACUUGUGUGACUCCUCGUUCGCCUCCAGCGCUUCUCUCUUCGUUCGCACCCAGUUAGGGCUGCCGAGGGCAUCGUUGUCGAGGUGCUACUUGCCGUCGAGGUUGUUACUCGGAAAGCGGGGGGUGAGAGCGCCUAGAAUGCGCUGGACCCCCACUCUCCACACCCGCUUUGUCCAUGCUGUGGAGCUCCUGGGAGGCCAUGAAAGAGCCACGCCCAAGUCGGUUCUUGAGCUCAUGGAUGUCAAAGAUCUCACCUUGGCCCAUGUCAAAUCUCACUUGCAGAUGCAUCGAACUGUGAAAAAUACCGAUCACAGGACACCACUUUCUUCAGGCCAACUCGAUGGAUUUGAGAACGGGUUAUCCAGGGAGGUGUUCGAUGUUAACUCCCCGGAGAGACCAAACCUGCGUACGGUUGGAUCAUUCCAUGGAAGGGAAAGUUGUUUCCCUGAUGAACCCACCGCAAAUAAUGCUGAAACUUUUGUUGAGGACAUGCAAGCGAAAAGCAAGCUCGAAGUGUUUUCAGAUUUGAGUCCAAGCAAAGUCAAUCUUGAGUUCACAUUGGGAAGGCCACGAUGACUUAGAUUACUCAAGACGGAUCCACUCGCAACUAAAUGACUCAAAAGAAAGUUCAAACAAUUAAAGAGACAAGAAGACAAUUGAUGCAAAACAAGAAAAGAAAAGAAAAGGUAGAGCAAGGGAGAUCAUCUUGAAGGACACAGGUGCCUGUGUCUUUGGAAAAGUUAUUAAUUAACCAACAGAUAUGUUCUACCUAAUUAGUGUAAAGAUUUAUCGGCACAGACUUUGUGUUUAAUUUUCUUUCAUUAAAGUGAUUACAACAUUUGAUGGAUGAGCUUGAUGAUGUGUAUUUCAUUGUAUUCUCCCAAUAAAGUCAAAAGACAGUCAUUAGUGUAA